AUGCUCUUCUCCAGCCUCGUUGCCAUUGCCUCGGCCGCUCUCGCCAGCGCCACUCCCACUAAGCGCGUCGACAACCGCGAAUGGAUUAACCUCAAGGCCUCUUACGGCUACGAGGGUCAGGACCUCUGUGUCGGUCUUCCCCCGAUUGCGUCAGGCUCGUACCUCGGCGGAGCCAUCUGUGGCACCGGCAACGCCACCAUCAGCGACCUCACGACGCUCAUUGCCCUGUACGGUGCCGGCAAGUCCGGUCUUCUCGAGAUCACGAAGUACGGUUGUCCCACGUCGACCGGCGCGGAUCUCACCGGCGCGUCGAACAUCCCUGUCGUUGACUGCGACAUCUACGAUGAGAACCAGUUUUGGACGAUCCAGAGCAAUGGCUCGGUCACGAACGAUGCGACGGGGACUUGCCUUACUUUCGGCAGGAAGGCUCCCAGCGCUCCCUUGACCCUCAACACUUGCGACUCGCCCGAGGGACCUCUUGCGAAGGCUCAGCUCUUCUACUACGACGAUGUCUCAGCUUGA